CUCUCUCUCUCUCUCUCUCUCUCUCUCUCUCUCUCUCUGUCUGUCUGCCUGCCUCCUCCCUCUCUCCUACGGAGCGAGAACAGCAAGGCGAACGCUCAUUCCACCACACGGCAGUCCUCCAUGGCUAUGUGCAACGGAGACAGCAAGCUGCAGAUCGGCAGCGUGGAGCAGAAUGGGUCGUAUGAAGGAGCCGUGGCCAUCCUGGAUGCUGGCGCCCAGUACGGCAAGGUCAUCGACAGACGUGUGCGAGAGCUGUGUGUACGCGCAGAGAUCCUCCCGUUGGAGACACCGGCCUUUGCUAUUAGAGAACAAGGUUACAGGGCAAUCAUCAUUUCAGGGGGACCUGCUUCUGUGUAUGCAGAGGAUGCACCAUGGUUUGACCCUGCUAUAUUCACUGUAGGAAAGCCAGUCCUGGGGAUUUGCUAUGGAAUGCAGAUGAUGAAUAAAGUUUUUGGUGGUACAGUUCACAAAAAAUGUGUACGGGAAGAUGGGGUGUUCAAUAUUGGAGUGGACAACACCUGCUCACUCUUCAGAGGCCUUCAGAAGGAGGAAGUGGUUCUGCUGACCCAUGGAGACAGUGUGGAUAAAGUGGCUGAUGGCUUUAAAGUGGUGGCCCAAUCAGGAAACAUCAUUGCUGGUAUUGCCAAUGAGCAGAAGAAGCUGUAUGGAACUCAGUUUCACCCCGAGGUAGACUUGACAGAGCGUGGCAUGGAGAUGCUUCGCAACUUCCUCUUUGAGAUUGCAGGAUGCCCAAGUAACUUUACUGUCCAGAACCGCCAGCAGGCCUGCAUCAGUGAAAUCAUAGAAAAAGUCGGCAAGUCCAAAGUGUUGGUGCUGUUGAGCGGGGGCGUUGACUCAACCGUAUGCACAGCCCUCCUCAACAAAGCUUUGAACCAGGACCAAGUGAUUGCAGUUCACAUUGACAAUGGCUUCAUGAGGAAGAGGGAGAGCCAGAGCGUAGAGGAGGCCCUCACAAAACUGGGCAUCAAACUCAAAGUGGUGAAUGCCUCACACACUUUCUACAAUGGAACAACAACACUUCCCAUUUCGGAGGAGGACAGAACUCCCCGGAAAAGGAUCAGUAAGACCUUAAAUAUGACCACCAACCCCGAAGAGAAAAGAAAAAUUAUUGGGGAUACAUUUGUCAAGGUGGCAAAUGAGGUGAUAGGAGAGAUGAAUCUAAAACCAGAAGAGGUUCUUUUAGCUCAGGGUACCCUGAGACCAGAUCUCAUUGAGAGCGCCUCUCAUCUUGCCAGUGGGAAGGCAGAGGUCAUCAAAACACACCACAAUGACACAGAGCUCAUCCGCAAACUCAGAGAUGAGGGAAAAGUUAUCGAACCAUUGAAAGAUUUCCAUAAAGAUGAGGUUCGAGCACUCGGGAGAGAAUUGGGCCUGCCAGAGGAGAUAGUCUCGCGGCACCCUUUCCCUGGUCCUGGUCUGUCCAUCAGAGUUAUUUGUGCAGAGGAGCCGUACAUCUGCAAAGAUUUUGCUGAAACCAAUAACAUCCUCAAAAUUGUCACAGACUUCUCUGCUAGCGUCAAAAAGCCACAUGCCUUGCUGCAGAGAGUCAAGUCGUGCAUAUCAGACGAGGAGGAAGAGAAGCUCAUGCAGAUCACCAGCCUUCAUUCACUUAAUGCCUUCCUGUUGCCCAUCAAAACUGUUGGCGUCCAGGGAGAUUGCCGCUCUUACAGUUAUGUGUGUGGUGUCACAAGCAAAGAAGCACCUCAUUGGGAAUCUCUCAUGUUCCUGGCCAGACUCAUCCCUCGCAUGUGCCAUAGCAUCAAUAGAGUUGUCUAUGUAUUUGGGUCCCAUGUGAAGGAGUCACCAAUAGACAUCACUCCAACUUUCCUGACCACAGGCGUUCUAGGCACCCUCAGACAGGCUGACUUUGUUGCUCAUUCUAUCCUCAGAGAGUCGGGCUACUCUGGAAAGAUCAGCCAGAUGCCAGUCAUCCUGACCCCCCUGCACUUUGAUCGCGACCCACUGCAAAAGCAGCCAUCCUGCCGACGCUCUGUAGUGGUCCGCACGUUCAUCACCAGCGACUUCAUGACUGGCAUCCCCGCCACGCCAGGGAACCAUAUACCAGAGGAGGUGGUGCUAAAGAUGGUCAACGAGAUCAGAAAAAUCCCAGGCAUCUCCAGAGUCAUGUAUGACUUGACCUCCAAGCCACCUGGCACCACAGAGUGGGAAUAAAAAAAAUAAAAAUAAAUAACAUGGCAGUGAUAGUAGACACAUACACACAUUCAGUGCACAAACAAGUUAUCAGCGAAGGCUGGUGAACUCGUCACAACCAUUCAUCUCCUCUGUACAUCCCUUCGCCCCCUUUUUCGUCAACAUUCCCAAGGACGACAGACCAGGCUGUGAUCGGCGCUCCUUAUCCCCUUUUCUUAAUAAUUUUGGCGAUCAGAAAUUGAUGAUUUUUUUGUUUUUGUUUUUUGUUUUUUUUUGCUCCACAUUCAAAAAUGUGUUUAAAAAGUUAUUGGUUACCUUCUGUUGUGAGUCUACCUUCACAAUGGAGUGACAAGAUGCUGUAAACAUUUUAGGCUGUGGAUGUUGCAUUGCGUGAUGAGCACAGAAUACCCCUGUUAUGAAAACAGCAGAAUGACUGUUUUGUUCAUACCCCCCACCCACACAUACCCCUUUGGUCAAAGGUUGUCUUGUUGUAGUGGGUCUGAAUGUGUUCAUCCACUUACUUUCACUUUCUACCUGUAUACUGUGCUUUGAAGACGGUUGCCUGUCAUAAGUGGAGCUGAACAGACAGCCCUAUAUGUGUGACCAAUUAACAUUUUGUUAGCUCGUUUUGCCAAAAGUAGAUGCUUGUCUUUGGCACCUCCUGGUGGUCGUCACGGACAACAUCCUUACCAUUAUGGUUGGUUUGAAGCUGUGCAGGAGGCCUCAUAGGUAACUUUGUAUGUGCCUGUUUUUUGUUUUUUUUUCCUCUAAUGUGAUAAAGUUCUGGAUCCUGCUAUUUCCAGAAUAUAGUAUAACACUUUCUCAUUAGGCUGCAAUAUGUGGGCUUUUUAAACAAGAAUUAGUACAUAAUCAUUUGUGAAAUGUGGUCGUCUUUUGUUGCUGUUCUUGUGUUGAACAAGAGCGCGUCUUUGCACAUUUGUUCCUUUUUGAACGUAAAGCCUUCAGGCUUUAUCAACAUAACCCAGUCAUUGGGAGGAGUGGCCAUAUUAAAUGCUUAACUGUGUGGUUCGUCUCCUGCUCCAUUUUAAACUACAAAUGUUUUUCUAUUCUGAAUUGACAACUAUAGUUCAUUCUUUCCAUUUAAAUGUCACACGUGGCUCAGGUUUAACUGAGUUGGAACAAAUACACAUGGUCAAGGCGGUUCUGUGCCUCUAUGUUUAGUGGCAAUGUUACUUUAAAGUAAAUGGUUUGACAACA